ACCGAGGCUCUCAGGUCCAACACACUCGGUCGUCUUCGCCAGAAGCAGUAGCUGUCGUUCGUUGCCUUCAUACUCCCAUCUCAAGCAGCCCGUUCUGCGUGCCAGGCAACCGACAAAGUAUCGACCCCGAGGGACUUCAGUUGAGAUGAGUUCCGAAAAUGUGCUUGUUGGAGUGAUUGGAGGCAGCGGGCUGUACCAUCUGGACAACCUCACAUUUGUCAAGCACGUCAACCCUGAGACGCCCUGGGGGUUCCCUAGCUCACCCAUAACCAUCUGUACCCUCCCGUCGGGCACCCUUGUCGCGUUCCUCGCUCGUCAUGGCACCGGACAUACCAUCAACCCAUCUGCCGUCCCUUCGCGUGCUAACAUAGCUGCCCUCAAGUCACUGGGUGUGCGCGCCGUACUCGCUUUCUCAGCAGUAGGCUCCCUGCGCGAAGAGAUCGCACCGGGGGACUUCAUCCUACCUACGCAGAUCAUCGACCGCACGAAGGGCAUACGUCCCGCAAGCUUCUUCGAAGGAACCAGCGUCGUAGCACACGCAGCCUUCGGCGACCCGUUCGCCCGGGGCUUGGUUGGCUGGCUAGAGAGCCGCGUGAGGGCCGUGCUAGAAGAGGAUGGGAAGGCCGCAGUUCAGGAGGGCAAGCGCGUGCCGCAGCUGCACACGGAGAAGUGCGUCGUGUGCAUGGAGGGCCCGCAAUUCUCGACGCGGGCGGAGAGCAGGAUGUACCGCGCGUGGGGCGCGGACGUGAUUAACAUGAGCGUGCUUCCCGAGGCGAAGCUUGCGAGAGAGGCCGAGCUGAGCUACGCACUGAUUGCGACCUCUACGGACUACGACUCGUGGCGCGAAGGUGAGGAGUCGGUGACUGCGGCAGAGGUAUUUAUGACCCUGCAGGAGAACGCACGUCUGUCGCGCCAUGUAGCCGCGCGAAUACUCGAGGAACUUCACGGUGCCGCAGUGGAAGGAAGCCUACUUAAGGAGGAGCAAGGGUCGAUGCAAUACUCCAUCAUGCCGCGGUCGCAGCAGCAAAAGGAGGAGGACCGCCAGAAGCUGGCGUACGUCUUGCCUACCUACUUCAGCUAACGCAAACACUGGUAGCGAAGGGCGUGCUCGUUCAUCAGCCAUGCCAUCACGCGAUGGAUGGGAGAUGUCUUCCUGGAACCCGGGUAUGACAGAAGCAUAGACUGUGUCUAUACCGACCAGUUGUUGUAAUACGGUAUACACAAGUUCCCUGGG